GUAAUAAAUAAAUAGAAAAAUAAACAAAUCGAGAAAUCCUAGUGCGAGCCAAACUUUUGCUAUGGGCGACACUUUGGAUGAAUCGCCGCCAACGCGCCGCGAUAAGCCCCAAUCGCUGAACAUUAGCUCGGAGGAGACGGCUGCAAGCGAUGCAGGCAACAGCUCCUCCGAGCGCUGCACGCGAGCGCGAGCACGCGAUGAUCCGGUUCGGGAACGCGAUCACUCCUGCGGCGAGCUGGGCUCCGCGCGCAGGCGGCCGGAUGAGCUGGCUGGCACUGCGGCACCACCACGACGCGAGAGUCUCAACAGCUGCGACAGACCGCCGCAGCAGCAGCAGCAGGCAGCCCUGCCCAAGUCGCAAGGCCUGGGCAGUCGACCCACAGUGGCCGGCAACAGUCCACGGUACUCGUCCAGCGUUGUGGUUGGCGGCGGUGUGGGCAGCCUGGCCGGCACCACCACGCGCAAGUGUGUCCUCACGCUGGACGGGUACUCCUAUGUCAUAGUUGCCAGCACGCCGGAGACUCUGCCAACUAAGCGGGAGGAGGGGAUUGCCGGUGCAGGCGCAGGUGCAGGCGGCAACAGCAGCAGCGUCGGCAGCAUUGGAGCUGGGGCAAGUGGUGGUGCAGGUGCAGCAUCAACAACCGAGCCAAAUAACGGUGAGCAGAGUCCCACUGUUUGUGAGCUGGGCAGCAGCGGCGGCGCCAAUGCAACAAUAAAUGGUCAAGUGGCAAAACACGGCUCACUCACCAUUGUACGGCGCUCGAACAGUCGCAAGAGCUUCACACAGAUCGACGGACAAUCGCAAUCAAUCGCCUCGCCAUCGUCGGGCAGCAUUAGCUUCUUCCAAACGCCGAUCAGCGAGACUCUCGCUGAGCGACUUAGUGGUAAGGGCUCCAACGGAAACUCAUCCUCAACAGCCGGCGAUAAGCGUGCGGUCGAUAGCUCGUCCCGAGCUCAAUCGAAUCUUACCGGCAAAAUGCAACCGUCGUCGCCAAAUCAAACGAAUUUCGUAACCGAUGUACCAGCGCAACCGGCGCCAAUCGAGCGACAAACCUUCGAUUAUAGAAUAAGUCGCGAUACGACCGAAUAUCAGAACUCCGUACUCGCCGCCCCAAGCUCGAUGUUCCAUCCACUAAUGGAUCAAUCGUCGCGUCAAUCGUUACAAUCGGUAUCAAAUACUUCCGCCGGUGAUGUAUGGGAUACGGAAAAUUUGCCACCUGUCGAUACGCCAGAUGCUCUUAACAAAGCAGCUGUCAGAAUACGCAGCUUGCUGCGACGGAUGGACCAUGAGACCGUCGCCUACGAGGAUAUGCAGCGGAACCUGCACUAUGCGGCGCGUGUACUCGAGGCCGUUUUCAUAGACGAGUCAAGAAGCCCCACAUCAGGUAAAAGUAAAUUGGGGCAGAUUGCGUCUUCAUCCGUUGAGAGCGAAGACGAGGCUGCCAGCAAAAGCUGCAACGGCAACUGUAAAAAUCUAAACAACAACAACUCGAAUGGCAGCUGCAGCUUACACAAGGCGCCUGAAUCAGAAGUAGCGGUGACGACAGCGACGGUAACGUCGACUGAACAACCAAUAAAUACCGCAGACAAUCAAACAAACCAAGGAGCUCUGCCGGCGUCGCUCUCUGAGACGCAGGUACCCAAAGCACUGGAAACAGUCAGCGAAUGCACAACAGAGGAACAAACGGCUGCAGCAGAACCAGCAGCAACAACAACAACAACAACAGCGACGUCAACGACGACGACGGCGACGACGACAACAGUUCCAACUGAGUCAGCUGGUGGGGCUGAGGCUGACGCAGGUCAAAGUGUUUCCAGCAGUAGCAGUUGCAGUAAUAAAGCGACCGUUCAGCGACAAAGACGCCUGCGCACACCGGUCUGGGCGAGAUCAAUGUCGACGAAUAAAACGCGCCUGGCCGACGAGGACGAUGAGCUCUCCGAGGUGCAGCCGGAUGCGGUGCCGCCGGAGGUGCGUGAGUGGUUGGCCUCCACCUUCACGCGCCAAAUGGCAACCAGCCGCAUCAGAAGCGACGAGAAGCCCCGAUUCCGAUCGGUUGCCCAUGCCAUACGAGCUGGCAUCUUCGUGGAUCGCAUUUACAGGCGUGUGUCCAGCUCAACGCUGAUGCAGUUUCCACCUGACGUAGUCAAACUUCUUAAGAAUCUGGACGACUGGACGUUCGACGUGUUUGCAUUGACCGAGGCAGCCAGCGGACAGGUGAUUAAGUACGUUGCCUACGAUCUGCUCAAUCGAUAUGGGGCAAUGCACAAGUUUAAGAUAUCGCCGGGAGUGCUGGAGACAUUCUUGAAUCGCGUUGAGGAGGGCUAUUGCCGCUUCCGGAAUCCAUAUCACAACAAUCUGCAUGCGGUGGACGUGAUGCACACGAUGCACUAUUGCCUGUGCAACACGGGCCUGAUGAACUGGCUGACGGACUUGGAGAUCUUUGCCUCGUUGCUGGCGGCGCUGCUGCACGACUUUGAGCACACGGGCACCACUAACAACUUCCACGUGAUGUCUGGCUCGGAGACGGCGCUGCUCUAUAACGAUCGGGCGGUGCUGGAGAAUCAUCAUGUGAGCGCCAGCUUUCGGCUGAUGAGGGAGGAGGAUGCCAAUAUAUUGUCGCACUUGUCGCGGGACGAGUACAAGGAGCUGCGCACUCUCAUCAUUGAUAUGGUGCUGGCCACCGACAUGACGUUCCACUUUCAGCAGCUGAAGAUAAUGCGCAGCCUGCUGACAUUGCAGGAGCCCACCAUAGACAAGUCGAAGGCGUUGUCCUUGGUGCUGCACUGCUGUGAUAUCUCGCAUCCGGCGAAGCACUGGGAUGUGCAUCAUCGCUGGACCAUGCUGCUGCUGGAGGAAUUCUUUCGGCAGGGCGAUCUCGAGAAGGAGCUGGGUCUGCCCUUCAGCCCGCUCUGCGAUCGCAAGAGCACACUCGUCGCCGAAUCUCAAAUCGGCUUCAUCGACUUCAUUGUGGACCCCAGCAUGACCAUCAUGUCCGACAUGCUUGAGCACAUACUGACGCCCCUUGCGCCGGCCAUCAAAGUGAAGCCGGCGCCAUUGCCCGAGGAGAACAUUGAUAACGAUGCCGACGAUGCGAAAAAGGCCACCUGCUCUAUGACCCGCAAGAGCCUGACUCCCGGCAGCAAGUUUUGCAUCAACAAGCCCUGGCUGACAUGUCUAUCCGAGAACAAGAAGAUCUGGAAGGAGCAGGCUAUCAAAGAUGCCGAGGCGCGUGCGCUGGCCGCCGCAGCCGAAGCAGCAGCCGAAGCCGAAGCCCAGGCCGAGGGUGGGGCCAAGCCCGCUGGCGAGGAAGCCGGAGCCGAGGAGCCGAAGGAAGCAACGGCAGCAGAGAGUGCAGCGGCCAACUGAAUUGAGAUAUCCUUGACAAACCGUUAAAUGAGUAAACCCUAAGCGAUAUGCAAUAGCGUUAAGACAGAUAAAUACAUACAAACAUACAUACAUAAAUAGUUUUACCUAAUAUCUCUGCACAGAUGAUACCAAGCAAAUAACUCGAACAAUUGUAUAAACAACAAUUAGAAUAUGUUGCUUAACAAUUAUUGUUAAUGAAGUGGAGGAAGGAGAUAAAUAAUUAUACAAUGGCUAGAUGUGUGCAGCUUCUUACGCGCAAUAUUUUCAUGUUAGUAGAUCAAUCAAAACAACAA